UUCACCCCUCUGGCAACACAUGUACGCAGUGUUCGAUCCAGGCUUCGCCAGCGAGCGGUCUGCUGUUCUAUACCUCCCAACGAAGACUCCUGCCCCUUAUUAACGUCUGCAACCUCCACGUGCAUGCACAGCAAUCAGCUCCACAUCGCUCAUUUACCAUGGUGGGUCCCCGUCGGGACGCCAUAAUCGCAACGCGACGCGUCUUCGAAGAUCUCCGGGAAAUUGGUCGAGAUGGCAUCUGACUUUGACCUCAACCCUCCUAGACAUUAUAUGACCCGUGAAUCACUACGUUAACGUGACUGCUUCGGCAGCCGAGUAGACCCCGACUCACAAUGGCUACCAAAAUCGAGUCGAAAUCAUCGCCCCAUGCAGCCACGCCUGCAGCGCCGUUCAAUGUAAGGAGAGCGCUGCUCGACGCUUUCGACGGCAUCACAGCCCCGGGCUCCUUUGCUGGCUCCGCACGCAUCACCGAUACGCCGCCUGUGGACGUCCAUGUUCAUGGUGUCGGGCCCAUCUCUAUGCCCUUGACCGAGGACAAGGCGCGACAGAUCAUCAGCGUCUGCCAUCAGGCGCCGUACGGGAAAGGAAGUGAGACACUCGUGGAUACGGCCGUCCGGAACACAUGGGAGUUGGACCCGACACAGUUCGAGUUGAAGCACCCAUCAUGGCCUGGUUUCCUGUCCAAAAUCUUGGUCGAAGUUGGCAAAAUACUCGGUAUCAACCAGCCCAUCAAGGCAGAGCUGUACAAGAUGCUUAUCUACAGCCAGGGGGCCAUGUUCAAGCCACAUACCGAUACUGAGAAAAUCCCCGGCAUGUUCGGGACGCUGAUCGUCAGCCUGCCCUCCCCGCACACCGGAGGCGAAGUCAUCGUCAAGCACGGCGGCAAGGAGUACUCCUACAAGACGUCGGAGAUGGCACAGUCAUUAAUCACUUGGUACUCGGAUGUCAUUCACGAGGUGCGCCCUGUCACGUCCGGCCAUCGUUGGGUCCUGACGUACAAUCUCGCUCUCGCUGAAGAACCCAGCUCCGAGACACCGCUCCCCUCCGCUGGCCUCAUCCAGGAUGGAAUUGCGCCGGCGGCCCAACGACUGCGCGAGACGAUUACGCGCUGGCUUGACGCCACACAAACGCCCGGUACAUAUACCACGUCCUUGACCACGAUUACACCGAGGCCCAGUGCCUGUGAAGACCUCCCCGUCGAUCUGUUCCUGGCCUUGCUAGAGAAGGAAGAGCUGGGCAGCGUUGAAUUCCAUGGUCACGACCGUCGCCGUCGCAGGUAUUACGAUGACGAGCCCGAGGAACUGGACGAUGGAGCCGGCCCGCACAAACUUCAAGAUAUUUUCGACACGCAAUAUCGCGUCAAGUCACUGUUCGAUUUCGACGGAACGCUAGUAUCCGAGCGUCUUGGUCUCAGCAACAACGACCUCACCACGCCGGACAUAUGGUAUGACGUGCAUGACUGUGAGGAGGCCUACGAGGGCUACAUGGGCAACUCUGGGCCGUCCGCAAUACACUGGUACCGCAUCUCGGCUAUAGCCAUCGUUCCUCGGGACUCAUUAGUGGCUUACUUUCUGAAUUAUGAUCUUUGUAGAGACGACGCACGGAACAUGAACCUUCGCAUUGGGUACUUUGCCCGCAGCGUGCUUCGAGGCGGAGCGAGCGCGUCAACCUUGGACGCAUUGAUGGAUUUCUGCUACGAUGCUUGGAGCCGCGCGCCUGCGCUGAGCCGCUCGUACAUGAUGCCACAGCUCACGCAGCUAGACGGCGAUGUCAUCAGCACCGUCUUCAAGGUUGCUCUUCAACAUGACCGCCGCUCGUUCUUUCUGAGCGCUGUGGACAGCGUGAAAGGGGACCUGGCACCUGAGUUCUUCGACUGGGUCCGCCAGUGGUUAGGCACCGGGAACGAUGCCUCCUCACGAUUCGAGCAUAUCACAAUGGAACUGAAAACGAUGAUUGAGUCUUAUCCACGUUUUGCGUCCCGCCAUGCCGCCAUCACGAAGCUGGUGGGAGACCCGACAGUAGCACCCCCUGCUAUCCUCGCCUGGGCGAGAGAAACACUCGCCAUGUUCAUCUACAAAGCCUGGACCAGUCCCGACGGUGUCCCCGUGGAUGCAAACGACGGCAAGGCCGUGGCAGACUCCAUCUCCAUGUUCGAGAACCCGCCCGAAGUGCUGACCGCCAAGAUGAAACGAUUCGCCAUGCCGACAGCUCGGAUUAUGGCAUUCGUCCUUACCUUCAUGGCCCGCCUGAACGAGCUGCGUGUGGCCGGCACACUGCCCGAGGCUGAGAGCGUUGAGCUGUACGCCAAGCUCGCUGACCGCAUGGUCAAUCAAUCCGACACAUUCACAGCAUUGAAAUCUAGGCGCCAGGCUACGACCAAGCAAAUAGGCAUGGACACCAUCAUCGACCCGGAAGACAUGGCGCGCCUCUUCUCAGGGGCUGUGGCGGCUAGCAAAUUCAACUGGUCUCGCCACGUUGCCUCUUCCAUUGUCGCCAAGAUCACGCGCGAGGCGCCCUUUUACCCCCCUAUCGAGCUCUACGGUCUCUGGAUCCCCAUGUUGGCGUUGCUACCACCGAUUCUUCAGGCGGAGGGCAUACCCGCGAAAGACCCGCCUUAUCAGCAGCUCUACCAGACUCUAAUGGUCGCCGCCGCGGACAGAUUCGACGGUCAACCACCAACAACCUCCAACGACUUGCGUCGGCCCGCGGUGAAUUGCAGUUGCCCUGAUUGCCACCAUCUCAACGCCUUUUUGGCGAGUCCGACACGCGAGACUGGAAAAUUCCCCAUGAAUAAGAAUCGGCGGGCCCACGUCCACCAGCAGCUAGACCGUGCUCGCAUCGACUGCACCCAUGUCAUGGAGAGAUUUGGCACCCCUCAGACCCUCGUUGUCCAGAAGACUUCCAGGCAUCAUGCCGAGAACCACAAGAUUUGGGUCCAGAAAAUCGGGAUGUUGGCCAGACUCUUUGACAGGAUUCAGACAGCGACGUGUCUACGGGAUAUCUUGCUCGACCAAUACGACGACAUCGCCAAGAUGCAUAGAUUGGUCAGUAAACAUAUCAAGUCAAGCCACCAGCCGCCUCCCGCGACGCCUGGGUCAGCAGGCCCGAGCAGUGCUGCGAAUCCAGCGCCAAUGCCAUCGGGGAGCAGGACGGCCCAGCCCAUGACCCCAAGCAGACCGGCGACCGUCAACUAUACCACGCCAGCGGGGAGUCAGAUCGCCGGGACGAAGAGGAAGAUGCACCCGACGACCGAGGACGAGGUUGUUGAUCUGCUAAACGAUUAG